UAGCAGUUCACAAUUCCUCUGUGUCCCAAUGGGAAAUCCUCUGUGGUGCAUUUUCCCCAUUACAGCAGGCAAGAACAUGAAAAUAAUCAGACUUUUGGAUUCAAAUGGGCGGGAAAGGCGUCUGCAGGAGCUCCAGAUCACUGCUAAUGAGAUAAUGAAGAGAUAUCCAGAAAACAUUGUGGCCCAAGCUGAUUCAUUCUACAUUGGAGAAAAAGUCCCUGUUUUGUCUGCAGAUGAGAAAUUGGAAGCUGGGCAGAGCUAUUUUCUGUUACCAGAGACGAUGAAGGGAAGUGUUUUAUCUGCCUCCUGGUUGGCCUCUUUAGCAGGAAAAGCUUCCAGAGUUUCUCCUGUUAGCAGUAGAUUUCCCUCUGCCAUUUCUGUGCAGCCAUUUGAGGCAGAGAAGACUGAAGAUGGGCGCAUUCAGCUCAAGAUCAUGCCAGAGUUUAUUCAAAAGCUUCUAGAAAAUGGAAAAAUGGGCUCACAAUCUGAUGGUGGUGAUGGUGAUGGUGAUGGUGAUGGUGAUGAUGAUGAUUCUUGUUCCGGUCUGUGUAGUACUCCAGAGUUGCAGAAGGAUUACCAGCAGUUGGUAAGAGGCAGAGCACAUGCUUGGCGGCCCAGGCUGGAAACAAUUGUGGAGGAACAUAAGGGCUACAAAUUGUUUAGAUUGAGAAGGAAAAAUUAAAAGUUUAGCUCUUUUAUCAUGAUGAUGGAUUAUGGAGUGUGAUCUGAAACAUGGAUGCAAUCACAGUGGAAUUCAGAAAUUAAGUUAUCUCUGAGUUUUUUUGAUUUGUCUAUGCAUAGAUCAGAAUGCAUCAUCAAUUGUAUUUAUUAAUUCAUUUAAAAUCAGAAUACAAUUGUUUUUCUUCUUUUCAA